AUGAUAAACUAUGCUUGUAUAGAUUCGAUUAAAUCAUAUAUAUAUAUAUGUAGUUGCGGUUCGAUGAUUUUUUAGAAAAAAAAAGAAAAGAUGUUAAUCAAAGAUAAAUCUAAUCUAUUUAUUUUAAUCAGGUGCGUUCAUUGUCUCAAACAUCAACAAAUGAUCAUAAUCAAACAUUAAAAUCAAAUUCGGAUUCAUCAGAAUCGCGAAGUCCAAAUCAACAGCAACAACAACAAUUCUUAUCUAUUCAACAAACUAAUAAUUAUAUGCCAUCAUCAUCAUCAACAAUUCAAUAUUCUCAUCAAUCAAUUGAUGAAACAGAUAAAAGUAGUGAAAAUUUUGAAAGUUCAAUUGAAGGUGAUUAUUAUGAAGAAAAUGAUGAUAAUAAUAAACGUCGUCAAAAAAAGCGAGGCAUUUUCCCUAAAGCCGCUACAUCAUUAAUGCGUGCAUGGUUAUUUCAGCAUUUAAAUCAUCCAUAUCCAUCUGAAGAACAAAAAAAAAUCUUAGCUCGAGAAACUAAUCUUAAUAUUUUACAAGUUAAUAAUUGGUUUAUUAAUGCUCGCAGAAGAAUUGUACAACCAAUGAUUGAUCAAUCAAAUCGAGCUGCGAUUACACAAAAAGUCAUCGGAUCGGAGUAUAAUGAUUUAAUAACUACAAAUCCUUAUCAUACAUUUGAUCCAACUCGAACACCAUAUAAUUUUCAACCAAAUCUUUAUGAUGAAAUGACAACAGCAUCAGGUUAUUGUCCACCAUCAAUAUCUCAUUCAUCAGGUUAUCCAUCAUGUCCAUCGAUGCAUCCAAGUUCGUUUUUUGCUGCUGCAGCUGCAGCAGCAGCGGUUGCUGCUGUUGGUAAUAAUACAACAUCUAUACAACAUGGUAUAUCUCCAUCAUCUUCAUCAUCCUAUCAUGGACAAACAAAUGGAGAAUAG